AUGGAGAGCAAAGAUGAUGUCGUAGUUGAAUCGAGGCAAACAGAGAAAGAUACGAAAGUCGGGCUGUUGUUGAAUAGCCAUGAAGAUAAAGUUGAUGAGGAUGCCCUGAAGAUCAGAGAUGAUCUCUGGACUACACCAAGAGCAACGAAGAAAGCCACGGGUGACAAUCUACUCCUGAGCACGCGGACUGCAGCGAGCAGCGAUGUUGUCGAAAGCAAGCAUGAAAAUCCAGGUGAACACAGAGCUCAUGCUUUAGAAUCACUCCUUGAACUGUGUGCACGUUUGCUCAAAGAGCAUAAGUUCGAUGAGCUCGCGGGCGUGCUAAAGGCCUUCGGGGAAGACGCUGUCUCUUCACGAGAGACAGCGAUCUGGCUCACCAAAAGCUUAAUGAAGGCUCAGAAUCAGGCUGAGAACUCCUAGUGAUUUAUUAGUGUUCAAUUUCUAGUGAUUUAUUUAUUGUAAAGGUCAAGUUUGUGCUUUUUUGUGGGGUGUGUGUAUAAUUUGUUAGCUAAAAGCGAGUGUGAUUGAGUUUUAAGGAUGAAUCUGUAGAGGAAACUAAAGUUAGUUUGAUUUUGCCUUUUCUCCCUAAAUGGUGUUUAGUGUAUUGAAAUAAGAAACUAUCCAAAAUAUUGUAAUCUUUUUUACUUUUUAAUUCAAGCUUGAGGAUGAUGACAA